AGGUAGGCUGCUGGCAGAGCCCAGGCCUACCCCGCCUUGCCCCACAUCUAGUUGGGUAGAAAGGCGGAAAGGGCCUACAGAAGAAAGAUCUGAAUGAAAACAUAAGCUGGGAGAGCUGAGCUAGCUAAUGAGGAGGCCCAGGAGGCUGAAGAGUGACUGGAAAUUAUCUACAGAACCCAGGGAACCUGGAGCCCGUCCUGCCUUACUCCAGGCCAUGAUGAUUCUCCGAUUCAUUGCACUUGCUCUGGUAACAGGGCACGUAGGGGGAGAGACGAGGAUCAUCAAGGGUUAUGAGUGCAGGCCUCACUCCCAGCCAUGGCAGGUGGCCCUUUUUCAGAAGACACGGCUUCUCUGUGGGGCAACCCUCAUCGCCCCCAAAUGGCUCCUGACAGCAGCCCACUGCCGCAAGCCCCAUUACGUGAUCCUCCUUGGGGAGCACAAUCUGGAGAAGACGGAUGGCUGUGAGCAGAGGCGAAUGGCCACUGAGUCCUUCCCGCACCCCGGCUUCAACAACAGCCUCCCCAACAAAGACCACCGGAAUGACAUAAUGCUCGUGAAGAUGUCGUCUCCCGCCGUCAUUACCCGAGCUGUGCGACCACUCACCCUGUCCUCACUCUGCGUCACUGCAGGCACCAGCUGCCUCAUUUCCGGAUGGGGCACCACAUCCAGCCCCCAGUUGCGUCUGCCUCAUUCCUUGCGAUGUGCCAAUGUCUCCAUCAUCGGAAACAAGGAGUGUGAGAGGGCCUACCCGGGGAACAUCACGGACACCAUGCUGUGUGCCAGUGUUCGGAAAGAGGGCAAGGACUCCUGUCAGGGUGACUCUGGAGGCCCCCUGGUCUGUAAUGGAUCUCUCCAAGGCAUCAUCUCCUGGGGUCAGGACCCAUGUGCCGUCACCAGGAAGCCUGGGGUCUACACAAAAGUUUGCAAAUACUUUGACUGGAUCCACGAGGUUAUGAGAAACAAUUAGAAGGGACCUGCUUGCCACCACCCAACCCCUCCAACCUCUUUUUAAUGCUUCGACUUCUGUUCAUCCUUCCCUAAGGAGUCCUCAGCUGGGACCCUUGCGUGUAUCUCUCCGACCCACCACGAAUAUGAUCAACCUGGGGCUUGUUGGAAUCAAAUCCUGACUUGAACUAAAUUGUGACUCUGGACAUGAUCAUCACUAGUUUUGUUCGUCUGGUUGGUUUUUGUUGUUUUGUUCCCAGCUUUGAAGACUGUCCCUGGCAUAUUCCAGUGUUUCAAUAAAUAUUUGUUAAAU